AUGACCGACUCGCUGGUCAAAAGACAGAAGCAAGAUACGCCCCAACGAGAAUACAAGACUGACGGAUGCUAUGCUCUCUCAUGCCAGAUAAUAUACCACGCCCUUCCCGACGGGAUAUUCGAUGUCACUGGGGCAGAUGCGUUCCUCGCAGCGACUGAGAUUCCCGAGACGGCAAAGACUACACAGUGGCGACAAGAGCACCAGGACGAAGAUUUGCCCCAUGUCCUCGCACGAGACCUAUUAGAGGACCACUCAGGUCGAGCAUUUCCAUCAAUUGACCAAGCCGACCUCAAAGGUCGGAUAAGAGGUCGAAAGGAAGCUCUCGAUGCAGCUGCUGUUAACAGCAUGAGAGCCAAGCCUGUAGCACUUUGUGUGCAAGAAGAAAUGACGCGUCGGACUUUACAGAAAGGUGAGCCACUGCUCAACUCCAACGUCGCUAUCCUCCAAGACCUGCCAGGAUUCCGCGCUCGGGACUUCUGGCUCACCCAUAAGAUCCAGUUCGCAAGUGGCAACGCCGAGAAACCCAACACCAACUCGAAAGCUGAUCCUACGCCCCAACUCGACACCCAAGCGAUACAUCGCGAUGGUCUCAAAGACCCCCCAAAGAGCACCCCUAUCACGUAA